AUGGGUAAUAAGUCAACAGCAGCGCAGACUCGUGCUACAUUAACCGAUCAACAAAUACAAAAUUUAAAACAACAAUCACGGAUGUCAGAAGAAGAAAUUAUUAAAUGGUUUCAGGGUUUUCAAAAAGAUUGUCCAGACGGUCUGUUAACUCAAAAACAAUUUGUUCAAAUGUAUAAUCGUGCAUUUCCCGAAGGUGAUGCAACUAAAUUUGCCAAACGUAUAUUUGUCACAUUUGAUCGUGAUAAUUCUGGUAAAAUUGAUUUUGAUGAAUUUUUAUUAGCAAUGGAUUUAAUGGAAAAAGGUAAUUUAGAUGAAAAAUUAAAAUACGCCUUCCAAUUAUAUGAUUUCAAUAAAGAUGGCGUAUUGACACAUACCGAAAUUGAAAAUAUUAUUAAAAUGGUUUUAUCACUACGUGGUGAAGGUGGAAAUGAAAAACUGAAACAAGAAGUUAUGCAACAUUUAAAUUCGUUUAUAUCACGAUUUGAUGAAAAUAAAGAUAUGGUUAUUAGUCAAGAUGAAUUUUGUAGUAUAUGUUCAAAAGAUAAAUAUUUAAGAGAAUUUUUAUCACCAACAUUUUCAACGUAA